AUGGCUGUAAAGCUUAACGAGGACCUUGUUAGAAAUAUAACAACAAAUGUUUCUGUGCCUCUUGUUUUUCGCAAUUUCGUUAGCAACUGGCCCAUAAGCCAGUGGAACUUGGAGAAGUGGUGUCAAGUUUUUGGAGACAAGGAAAUGCCCUUCCGAUGUAUGCGAAAAGACCUAAUCUCAGACGAGCCCUGUUGGGAAAGAAAAUGCUCAAUAAAGAAGAUGACUUUUAAGAAAUUUGUUGACAAUUUAUCAAGUUCAGAGUGGAUGUAUUUUGACUACAAGUACUUGCAUCAGUGGUUUGAUAGCAACAGUGAAUUAUGUAAGGAGUUGAACUGGAAACAGUUUGGUUAUGACAAGGGUGCUGCAGACACAACAAUAUGGGUAGGAAGUGAUGGAUCUCAUACUCCUGCCCACCAGGACACCUAUGGCUAUAAUAUUAUCGCUCAAGUCCAUGGAAAAAAAAGAUGGAUUUUUUUCCCACCAGAGACGGGUGGUUUAAAGAUGACCAGAGUACCGUAUGAAGAGUCUAGUGUGUACAGUGAAUUAAAUUUUUACUGCCCUCAUAAUUUGGAUGGAUUCAAUGGUUUGACUGGUGGCCGUUCAAUUGUACUAUCGGCUGGUGACGCCCUCUUAGUUCCCAAAGGCUGGUGGCAUUAUGUGCAAAAUAUUGACCCGGUUAACAUCACACUUAAUAUGUGGUUACCACAUGAAAAGGAUCCAUCAGCGCAUGUUUCAGAAGCCCUGAUUAAAAUAUUUAUUGCCCAAAUGUGCAAGGAUUUGCCAUUGGAAACUGCUAAAAUGCUUGUUAAUCCCAAUGAGGAUGACAUCGUAGACACACCUCUAGCGGUGUUAUUCCUUCAGUUGGAGACAGUAGCCAACACAUAUAUGGACAAGAAGCGGCGUGUGCGUCGCGUGAAACGGCAAAAAACGCGCGAAGACGACACUGACCUCCCAGACGUCGAGGAGUUUGACCUUAAAACUUUAGUUGAAAAUCCGGAGUAUAAUCUCGAAAUAGCACCCAGUAUAGCUAGCGCUGACCUUAUUCAAUUGCUUAAAGAUAAUAUUAAAAAGUACGCAAACACUGAAAGAGUGCUAGAUGAAGACGAUUUGGACGGUGUUACCAGUAACCUCUGUUUAACAAAGGCCGUUAUAGAUGCGUUCACUCAAAAUAAUGUUAUAGAUCUUGUCAAACAUAAUCUGUUAUCUUCUCUUAGCUAG